AUGGCUCCUGGAGGUGAGAAGAGAACCCAGAUGAAUCCCUUCAGCCAAGUUUCCUCUACCGUCUUGUGGAUUCUUCUCGCCACCUUGGCCACCAUCUGCCUUGUGGUCCUGAUGACGGUGAGCUACCUAUAUGCAGUCUUGGUCAACAAACCCCCCCAUCCACUCGAGGAAUCAAUGAAGAAGCUGGGGGUCACCAUAGCAGUUGGCCUGAGAAGUCCAAAGAUCAAACAUGAGGACCCCCUGAAGGUCGCAGAGGAAGCGGUGAGGCUACCAGACCACAUAAAAGACUCUGGAAAGACUUUCAAUGACCAGAAAAAAAAGUACAACUCCCUCUUCAGGAAAAGUCAAAAAUCUGGGAUGGAGUGGCAGCCUUUUGGGAACGGCCUCUACUACAUAUCCCAGGGGAAAAAGACCUGGUACGAGGCGGAGAACUUCUGCAUGUCCAGAGAGGCCCAUCUGACCUCCAUCCUAAGCUCUGAAGAGCAGAAGUUCAUCUCUUCAAAGCUCAACGAGUCUGCCUGGAUUGGCCUCACGGAUGAAAAUGUGGAAGGCCACUGGGCCUGGUCGGAUGGUUCCAGAUUAAUAAUACAAUACUGGGCCGAUGACAAUCCCAAUGGAUCAGUUAGUGGUGAAGAAGCCGAUGAAGACUGUGUUGCCCUCAAACCCUCAGGAAGUGAUUUGAACUGGAUCGAUGCCAGUUGCCAAGAACUUAAACGAUGGGUUUGUAAGGAGAAUAUUGAGUUUGAAAACACAUACAGUUCAUCAACCAUGUUAACUGAAACAGGAUUGAAUGGGAAGAAAAAGGAGAAUGAUGACUUUUAA